AUGGAAAUAAAUCAAGGAUUCGAUUCAUUAUCGUCAGAUUCUUCGAUAAAACCCUUAACGCUAUCCACUGAUAGCUUGGUACCAAGAGAACACGAUCAAAUGCCACAUUCACCUUCAAAGUCAUCUCUUUGGCAUCGAUAUUCGUCAUUACCGAAUCAAUACUCUCUUCAUUUUCUCGGCCUAUGUGCGCAAGUUUUCGUAUAUUAUCUCGGCUAUGGUUAUUUACAAGAAUUGUUAUUCACAUUGAAGGGUUUCGGUGAAACAGCCUGGUUUUUGACAUGCUAUCAGUUUCUGGUCUAUAGUGUACUUUCAUUUCGACAUAUUGGCUUUGUUGGGUUAAGCCAGCGCAGAGCUAGUUUUCGUUCGUAUAUCAUUCUUGCUAUGUUAACGCUUGGUACAAUGGGUUUGUCAAAUUAUUCAGUUGGAUAUUUAAACUAUCCUACACAAGUAAUGUUUAAAUGUUGUAAAUUGAUACCUGUACUCAUCGGUGGUGUCAUUAUUCAAAAGAAAACAUUCAAUCGUUAUGAUGUGUCUGCCGCGAUUUGUAUGUCAAUUGGAUUGAUAUUUUUUACCCUAGCUGAUUCCAAAGUUCGACCGAGUUUCAAUACAUAUGGCGUGUUUAUCAUUUGCAUGGCACUGGUUGCUGAUGCUAUUAUUGGUAAUUAUCAGGAGAAAAUCAUGAAAACGCACAAUGUUCCCAACGUAGAAAUGCAUCCUGUACAAACAUAUGGAUAUGCUUUGUUGUUCUCGGUAUUUGGAUAUUUAGGCAUUGAUAUUGUCUUGACAUUAAUCAAGGAGUAUGGUGCAUUGAUUUGUGUUACAGUUACAACAUGCCGAAAAGCAAUAACCAUCAUUUUAUCAUUUAUACUUUUUUCCAAGCCGUUUAUUUUCGACUAUGUUUGGUCUGGUUGUAUUGUGAUUGUUGGCAUUUAUCUCAAUGUCUAUAGUCGCAACCAAGCGGCAUUCAAUGCCAAAAUUGCAUCGUAUGCUACUAGCUUGUUCGGUGCUCAUUGGGUUUCGAAAUUUUAUUCGGGAACAUCCACGCGAACCUUAUCUGUGUGA